AUGGAGUCCCAGUGCGACUACUCGAUGUACUUCCCGGCCGUGCCGCUGCCGCCGCGCGCGGAGCUGGCGGGGGACCCGGGCCGCUACCGGGCGCUGCCCCGGCGCAACCAUCUCUACCUGGGGGAGACCGUCCGCUUCCUGCUGGUGCUGCGCUGCCGCGGGGGCGCGGGCUCCGGCGCCGGCGGGGGCCCGGGCUUGGGCUCCCGAGGGGCCUGGGCAGAACUGGCCACCGCCCUGGCAGCCCUGGCCUCGGUCAGCGCCGGGGGCGGCCCCGGCGACCAGGAUCCCGAACCCCCCGGGGGCGGGGAUCCGGGCGGUGGGGGUUUGUUUCGAGGCUGCAGCCCCCUUCUCACCCACGGCCCGGGCCCGGCUACCUCAGGGGGAGUGACCACGCUGCCUGUGGAAGAGCCAAUUGUGUCCACAGAUGAGGUCAUCUUCCCACUCACUGUUUCACUGGAUAGACUGCCCCCAGGGACACCUAAGGCCAAGAUUGUAGUAACUGUGUGGAAGCGGGAGGUUGAGGCACCAGAGGUCAGAGAUCAAGGCUACCUGCGCUUGCUGCAGACCCGAUUUCCUGGGGAGACCUUCCGGGGAGAGCAGAGUGCUUUCAAGGCCCAAGUGAGUACCCUGCUGACUCUGCUGCCCCCUCCAGUUCUGAAAUGCCGCCAGUUCACUGUGGCUGGAAAACACUUGACUGUUCUCAAGGUGCUGAACAGCUCUUCCCAAGAGGAAAUUUCCAUCUGGGAUAUACGUAUUCUCCCAAACUUCAAUGCCAGUUAUCUACCUGUCAUGCCCGAUGGCUCUGUGCUGCUGGUGGACAAUGUCUGUCACCAAUCUGGGGAGGUCUCCAUGGGCUCCUUCUGUCGGCUUCCUGGUACCUCUGGCUGCUUCCCCUGCCCACUCAGUGCCCUAGAGGAACACAACUUCCUGUUUCAGCUGAGGGUGGGUGAGCAGCCACCUCCAGGGGCCAAGGAGGGCCUGGAAGUCCCCUUGAUUGCCGUGGUUCAGUGGUCCACCCCAAAGCUGCCCUUCACCCAGAGCAUCUACACCCACUACCGCCUGCCCAGCAUUCGCCUGGACCGCCCAUGCUUUGUGAUGACUGCUUCCUGUGAGUCCCCAGUUCGGACCUACGAGCGUUUCACUGUCACUUACACGCUGCUCAACAAUCUCCAGGACUUCCUUGCUGUGAGGCUCGUGUGGACCCCGGAGAACGCACAGGCUGGAAAGCAGCUGUGUGAGGAGGACCGUCGGGCCAUGCAGGCUGCCCUGGACUCCAUUGUCUGCCACACGCCCCUCAACAACCUCGGCUUUUCCCGGAAGGGCAGUGCCCUCACCUUCAGUGUGGCCUUCCAGGCUCUAAGGGCGGGGCUCUUUGAGCUGAGCCAGCACAUGAAACUGAAGCUACAGUUCACUGCUAGUGUGUCCCACCCUCCGCCCGAGGCCCGGCCCCUCUCUCGGAAGAGCAGUCCCAGCAGCCCGGCUGUCCGGGACCUGGUGGAGAGGCACCAGGCUAGCCUGGGCCGCUCUCAGUCCUUCUCCCACCAGCAGCCUUCCCGCAGCCACCUCAUGAGGUCCGGCAGCGUGAUGGAGCGCAGGGCCAUCACACCCCCUGUGGCCUCCCCAGUUGGCCGCCCCCUCUACCUGCCCCCGGAAAAGGCUGUGCUCUCUCUGGACAAGAUUGCCAAGCGCGAGUGCAAAGUGCUGGUGGUGGAGCCUGUAAAGUAG